UUCCAUGCAAUUCUAUGUAUAGAGUUAGAGUAGCCUUACACUUUAUUGUGGCAUUUUUCAACUCGCAGGAUAUAGCCUAUUAUCGCCCACCGGGUGCCCAUCACGGUGUAAAAGGGAAAUGGGUGCUGGAACAUCAACUGAAGCUGCUUUAACAUUGGCCAAUACCAACGAUGUAACAGAGACAGGUAAAGCAAGUAACAACUGGGCAAAGAUGGCUCCUGGACCAACUAAGCCUACUCAUAGACAGCAGUCACAGUUUGAUAUAAAAGACAUACCCAGUGAGUGUCCCAUGCACCAGUCCCAGGAGGCAGUAGCAGUUCCAGCUCAGAGAUUCCCAAGUGAAUGUCCUAUGCAUCAGGCUGAACUUGGGGCUGGAGAUGCUCCCAAUCUUGAUCCUACCAACAUGAUGGAACCUCCCAACCAAAGGCCUGCCCCUGAUCAACCAUUUCCUCUUUCCACUGACAGGAUCAAAUCGUCCAUACCAAAGGCAGAUAAAGAGGGAGAAAAAUGGGUAUAUCCCUCUCCUCAGAUGUUCUGGAAUGCAAUGCUCAGGAAAGGGUGGCGCUGGAAGGAUGAUGACUUGAAUCCAAAUGAUAUGGCCCACAUCAUAAAUAUUCACAAUGCAAACAAUGAACAGGCCUGGCAGGAAGUACUCAAGUGGGAAGCUUUACAUGCAAAGGAAUGUAGCAACCCAAGACUGAGAAAGUUUGGAGGCAAAGCUAAAGAAUUCUCACCACGAGCAAGAAUUAGAAGUUGGAUGGGUUAUGAGCUUCCAUUUGACAGACAUGACUGGAUUGUUGACCGUUGUGGCAAAGAUGUGCGAUACAUUAUUGACUAUUAUGAUGGUGGGGCAGUAGACACUGACACCAAUAGGUUUACGUUACUUGAUGUCCGCCCUGCAUUAGAUUCACCAGGUGCCCUCUGGGAUAGAAUGAAAGUAGCAUGGAUGCGCUGGAAAUAUAGCAGUGUCGCAGCUGAUGACAUCGACCCUCACAGUGCCAAACAAAGAAUGAAUGUUCAGUUAAAACACCCAAACUGGAUACAGUAUUAUCUAAGUGUAGACACUACUGCACUGAUUUAGGAGUUCUGUUGAUAGUGUUUGCAUAGGAGGUUUGUCUUCAGAAAUGUGUUAUCACAUUAGGGUCGGUCUCAAAAGUGUGACAAUGCUGCUCAUAUCACUGGUAUUAGAUUCACUAUUGACAAAAGUCAAAAUAGAAUAUCUUGCUAGGAAGGAGAAAACGUUGUUGACACAAAUUUGAAGGUGCUUUAAUGAGGCAUGACAUGUAAAGUGAAGUGAAAUCAGGAAUAAUGUUUUAUUUCUGUAAAUAUGAAAAAGCAUUUAAUCCAUUCUUUUGGUUGUUUGUUGAGCAGUCUCUGAGUGUCAGAAAAAUAUGGUGAACAAUAUCGCACACUUGACUAUUAUAAGGGAAUAAUGUACGAUUUCAGUGGCGACGAGUCCAUUAUCCAGAAUGGCGAUGAAGGUUCUCAGUCAAUUUGAUAACCCAUGCCAGACCAUUUCUUUCCUGAUAUGGUAGCUACAUGUAGCUGUUACUAUUAUAUAUCGGGUGUCUCAA